UGUCAUGACAUGGAUUUCUUCUGAUUUGCAACUUAGUCUUUAUUUGAACUAAGUUUUUCUGUUUACUUGUGUUUUUAUCUUCCAGUUACCACGUGCAUUGAGGCUACUGUGGCUUUGAAUCUUCUACAGGAAAGGAAAGGUUGUUUUGAUGUGGUACUGAGUGAUGUUCAUAUGCCAGACAUGGAUGGCUAUAAGCUCCUUGAACAUGUUGGGCUGGAAAUAGACCUUCAUGUAAUUAUGAUGUCUGGUGAUAGUACAACAAGUGCUGUCAUGAAGGGAAUUAGACAUGGGGCUUGUGAUUAUUUGAUUAAGCCUGUACGUGAGGAAGAAUUGAGGAAUAUAUGGCAACACGUUGUUAGGAAAAUCUUGAAUGAAAAUAAAGAACAUGAUAAUUCUAGCAGCAUGGAAGACAGUGAUUGGAAUAAACGGGGAAAUGAUGAUACAGAAUAUACUUCUUCUGUUGCUGAUAGUUAAAGCACCAAAAAAGAGGAGCAGUUUAAAAGAAGAAGAUAUUGAAUUGGAGAGUGAUGAUCCAGCCACAUCUAAGAAGCCUUGCGUAGUGUGGUGAGUAGAACUGCACCAACAAUUUGUCAGU